AUGAAUGCACAGGAUCCCAACAGUGAUCAACACCUGAACAGCUUCAGUGUCAGCCCCCUGAGCAAACCCAGCGCUCCCCUGGGGACCUUCAGAAAGGUGGGGCUCCCCCUCAUUGCAGCCCUGCUGAGCCUGGCCAUCCUCAUCAUCAUGGCAGUCCUUGUCAAGGGGCUCCUGGACAAACACUACUUCUUCUGCGGGAAGCCGCUUUGCUUCAUCCCCAGGGGGCAGCUGUGUCAUGGCCGGAAGGACUGCACCUCAGGCGAGGACGAGCUGCCCUGUGUCAAGAGCUUCCCAGAUGGGCCUCCAGUGGCAGUCGGCCUCUCCAGGGACCGGUCCACGCUGCAGGUGCUGGACCCAGCCGCCAGGAAGUGGGCCUCGGCCUGUUUCGACAACUUCACAGAAGCUAUGGCCAAGACAGCCUGCGGGCAGAUGGGCUACGACAGCAAACCAACCUUCAGCGCCGUGGAGACUGGCCCAGACCAGGACCUGGAUGUUGUUGAAAUCAUAGAGAACAGCCAGGAGCUUCAGGUGCGGGACCCAAGGGGACCCUGUCUCUCAGGCUCCCUGACUUCUCUGCAGUGCCUCGCCUGCGGGCAGAGCCGGAAGGCCCCUCGGGUGGUGGGCGGGGAGAAGGCCUCUGUGGAGUCUUGGCCCUGGCAGGUCAGCCUCCACUACAACACUCAGCACAUCAGCGGAGGGGGCAUCUUGGACGCCCGCUGGAUCCUCACGGCAGCCCACUGCUUCAGGAAGUAUCGCGAUGUGCCCAGCUGGAAGGUGAUGGCCGGCUCAGACAAACUGGGCAACUUCCCACCUCUGCCUGUGACCGCGAUCUUCAUUGCUGAGCCCAAGGCCACGUACCCCGAGGAGAAUGACAUUGCCCUCGUGAAGCUGCAGUUACCGCUCACAUUCUCCAGCACGGUCAGGCCCAUUUGCCUGCCCUUCUCUGAUGAGGUGCUCGCGCCAGCCACCCCACUCUGGGUCACUGGAUGGGGCUUUACAGAGCAGAAUGGAGGGAAGAUGUCUGACACACUGCAGCAGGUGUCAGUCCAGGUCACUGAGAGCUCUCGGUGCAAUGCAGAGGACACGUACCAGGGGGAAGUUACCGAGAAGAUGCUGUGUGCAGGCAUUCUGGAAGGCAGCGUGGACGCCUGCCAGGGGGACUGCGGUGGACCCCUGAUGUAUAACGCUGAGCAGUGGCAGGUGGUGGGCCUCGUGAGCUGGGGCCAUGGCUGUGGGGCCCCGAAUAACCCGGGGGUAUAUACCAAGGUCACAGCCUAUCUCAACUGGAUCUACAGUGUCCGGAAGUCGAACCCGUGAGGAUGCUGCCCCUGUGCAGCGCUGGGAACUGCUUCUGCACUGCCCUGCCACCUGGGCAUCCAGAAGCCAGACCCCCUGGCACACCUCUCUGCCCACAGCCUCAGCAUUUCUUCGUGGGCAAAGAGCCUCCCUUCCUUUAAGAGGCCCCACAGGCACCCGGGGGGAAGUCAGCAGCCCCACUUCAGCCACCCUGGUGCUCCCAGCAUCCUAAAGAGAGAGAAACACAGCCCACUGAACCAGGCUCGGGCUUCGCAAUGCGCACUGAGACUUUCUUACUCUACUGAGCAGAAGUAGAUUCUCUGGUGAGAGGCCCGAUCACCAAGCACUGGAGUGGAGGUAGGAAAGGGGUGCUUCAGCCCUCUCCCUCACCCAUCCCAAGCCCACCCGAGCAAGCAACCAGCUGUAAGGUAAAAUGCACUGUCCUGCUGUUGACAAAACUAUUGUUACUUACUGUGAUUGUUAUUGUUCCCUUACGACCACUGUUAUUAAACAGGUGCACAAGGUCUUUGACAUAAGUUAACUGGGCCGCUCAGUAAGAACUGAGCUAGGGCUAUUGACCUACAACCUUGAUUCUUCAGCCUGGGUAGGAAAAGGUCCUGGGGAGACAACUGAUCCUCAAAGUACAGGGAAAGGGGAGACCAGAAACCAGGAGCUGCUGAGUAGGGGCAACAGUGCCUGCAGACUGGGGAAGCCAGAGAGCCCAAGUCCCCUCCCCACACAGGGCCCUCUCCUGCCUUCCUCCCCUGUGUCCUGUCUGCGAGGCCAGCCAUGGGCU